AUGGACGCUUUCCGCAAGAUCGACGUGGACAAGUACGACGAGGACGUCAUCUCGGACGCCGAGCUCGUCGAGCCUUACCCCAAGAGCCCACAAGACGCAUCCGCAGAGGCUCGCUCCAAGGUCGCCGAAGUACGACAGCUCAUCGGAAGGAACGACGUCGCGGGCGCACUAGCCCUCGUUCUGUCUAACCCGCCAUACGGCCCGGGGGUCGAGGAUGCAAAGCACACAACGUUGCUGACGCUCCUCGAGAUCCUCAACAGCACAAAGUCGACCGACAUCCCCAACGCGGUCAAGGGACUCGACAUCGACCAGAAAGACAACCUGAUGAAGUACAUCUACAAGGGCCUCGAGCUCGGCGGCUCCGGAGGCGAGCGGGAAGGCGUCAACUGCGCCGUCCUCCUCGGCUGGCACGAGAGGCUCACCGAAGUGGCGGGAACCGGAUGCAUCGUCCGCGUCAUGUCGGAUCGGAGGACCGUGUAG